GCGCGCCCCAGGACUAGUCGCCCCGCGGGCCCCGCGCAGCGCGGCACACUCGCUCUCCGGCCGGCGCGUGUCAGCGGAGCGCCAUGGCGUGGUCCCGGCCGAGGCUGUUCCACGCGCUCGCCCUGCUGCACCACGCCGUCGCCAUCUGGUGGCUCGUCAGGCCCAAGGACCUGGCGGGCGUCACCGAGCCGACCACGCUCAACCUGCAGCGCUACCCCUGCCGCUUCUUCACCGGCUGGAACCUGGUGGCGCAGACGUCGUUCCUGUGCGCAUGCGUGUUCGAGGACCUGCGCGGCGACCGGCAGUCGCGGCUCGCGCCGCACGUCGCCAGGUUGGCAGACCUGGUGUUCUGGGCGCUCGUCUUCCCCGGCACCAUCUUCGUGGGGUCGGUGUUCUGGACGCUGUACACGCUGGACCGCGAGCUGGUGUACCCGACGCCCAUCGACGCCGUGCUGCCGCGCUGGCUCAACCACGCCAUGCACACGGACAUCGCGGCGGUGCUGGCGGCGGGGAUGUGCCGCCCCCGCGCCCCGCCCCCGCGGCCCCUCGCCCUCGCCGCGCUGCUCGCCUACAUCGCCUGCUACGACUGCGUGUUCCUGCACGCCUACACGGACGGGAACGUGUGGAUAUACCCCGUCUUCGCCGAGCUCGGCCCGUGGCCCAGACAGCUGGGGUUCCUGGCGCUGGCGAACGCCGCCAUACUGGCGCUCUACUUCCUGGGCGAUAGCAUCGGGAAGAAGCUGUGGGGCGCUUCACCGGCGGGAUGGAAGUGUUUUCAGAAGAGUGACGAGAAGCAAAAUGGACUAAUCGAAAACCACAAAGUCAAGUGAACACAAUAUUUUAUAUUUUAACGUACAAAUAUACAUUUUAACCAUAGCACUGGAGUGUUGCCGGUUGUACUGAAUAAACUUUUAUUUUUCCAGCUAAGUACAGACUGUUCCAUUAAGUAUUAGCAGCCUGUCCAUGCCGAAGGUAGAGUAAUGUUGUAGUACACACUUCUACUGGUUAAUGCAAUGUACCAUUGACUGUCAGUGUGAGCUACGGAGGAACGGGGCAAUCUAUUCCAUCAAACUAAUGGCUUGGUACAGAAUUGGUAUGUGUGAGGUACAUUUCAAACUGAUCUACUAUAAUUCAAGCCACCAAACGUUAAAGCCGCUAAACAUUAAUAAAUAAUACAAUAUUAUUUUCAAGAUUUUCACCAAUACAUUUGCAUUGUUUUGGAACCUAAAGGGUAGUUUAUUUAUUAUUCAAAUAGCUAAUUUUCUGCUAUUGUUUUUUCUUUAACAAUGGACAUCUAAGGACUUGUAAACUACAUUUUAUACACACGGGUUGUCUUGAUUAAUAAGAUUGAUGUUUUGCUGUAUGUUUAGUAGGAGAAAUGUAUAGAUUCUGGAUCAGUUUUUUUUUAAGACACGUUAAACAUUCGGAGGAUCUGUGAAUUUUUAUUACUUUUUCUGCAGUGAAUACAUCAGUACAUAUUAAAUUCUAUGUGUUGUCUUUGUAGUCCUUUUGGACUUAUAUGGCAAGUGUUUGGUUUAAAAUCGGGUUUUGGAUAGGUGCUCAGAAAGUAAUUUACAUUUGAAACAUUACCCUUACAAUUUACUUUGUAGUUGUCAUAUUUAGUGUUUGAGUAUAGCGUGGUGUGAUUUUCAUAUGCUACGUUCCCUCCUCGUCUUUGUAUUCAUAUGUAAUGACUUAGCUCGUACGUCAGAUCGGACUUUGUACAUAUCUUAAGUAUUACGUUUAGUUGAGUUUUCAGAUGUGCUCUCAUAUUGAUGUAUCAGGAUGUGGAAUGACGAUUGGUUAUGUCUUUAAGUGGUAUUAGUGUAAGAAGUUAGUUCAUCGGUUGAUAUCAUUUUGCUAUGUGUUUUCAUAGAAUUGAUUACGUGAGUAUUGUAUUUAGGUAGUUGGACAUUAUAGUUGUAGUGUGAUGAUAAUUUACCAUAAAAUAAAAGGAUGUUUAAAGUAAUAAAUUUAAGAAACAAUAAUGAUGUAUGUUAAAAUUAAAAUUAAAUUAAAUUAAAUUAAAAUAUUCAUAGAAGUAACUUUCAAAAAAUAAAAGAGUAUGUAUACAAAUUAAGGUUUAAUUAAAAACCCAUGCAAGAAAACGAAUAUGUUGGAUGUGGUGGCUGAGAAAAUAAAUACAUAGGAAAUUAUGUAAUGGUUUGCAGAUUGAAUACAUGUGUCAUUUGGUUGACAUCCAUGUUGGAUCAUAGGUGGGUCUAGUACAAAUUUACUAUGAUGUGGUUAUUGUUUGGAAUUAAGCAUUUUCAUAAGUAGGUAAUGUGAUUAUGGGCUGAUGAUUGACAAUGUUAAAAAUUUAAACACUGCAGUUAUAUUGACUAGAGUAGAAGGAAAAGCAUUCAUGCAUGCAAUUUACUUUAUUUUAUCCUACUUUGUCCUGAUUGGCUUCUGUGAUAAAUGGAUUUAUUUAUUCAUAACUGUUAACUUUGUAAUUUGACUUUUUUCUUUGUUGUACGGUAAUGAGAAUAAAUACAAGAUAACAUUGUAUAACCAUGCAUUAUGUUAGAAGUUUAGGCUAAAAUGGUAACUAUUAGGACGAGGCGGAUAGAUCUCACAAACACGAAGUGGUUGGUAAUACGUGUGUUGGGAUAGUAUUAAUGAUUUCGGUUUCAUUAAGAAAUGGUGGCUGGAAUAUGUGAACUAAAUAAGACAUGGAAAUAAUCUUAUGAAGAACUGGAUAUAAUGAUUUUAUUAUGUUGCCCCAGGAAGAGAUGUUAUAAUAUUUUAAGAGGAUGUUGGGCAUUUUAUUAAUGGAUCAUUAUAGGUUAGAUAAAGUUGCGUGAACUUUGGUUUUGGAUGUGGUUGUCUUACAAUGGUUAGUCUAGUGAAUGCAUGGGUUAUGUUUUGGGUCUGCAUCUUCUGGAUAGUUUAAAAUUCUAGGGAUGAAAUAAUUUUAGACUCGUAAGACAGUUUAAGAAGAGCUAAUUUCCAUAGUGGAGGGCUAGUAAGUAUCGAAGUGGCUGUAUAUAUAGAUGUGAGCGUAAUUAUUUCCUCAGUUGUCAUUCGGACUCUGAAGAGUGCACAUCGCUCUGGAUAUCUCUCUUGUUUAACUACAAUGACAUCUGAAGAGACUACUGUUACGGAAACUUCCACGAGUUCUACGAAAUGCUGCAUGGAGCCAUCAUCUCCACUGAAGCAUCAGUGCCAGCAUUGCAAUAUUAUGUUCUCAACAAGCUUUAAUUUGCGCUUUCGUGGAGGAAUCCGUUUCUCACUGUGACUAGCUGUGAUGAAUGUUAAAAGAAGUUUAUUCGUAGCGAUAAAUUGAAAAGACACUCGAAGAUACUGAAGGAGGAGGUAUGCAGCCGAAAGCGAAAAUAUCAGUACAACAGCGUUACACUGAUCUCCAAAAUAGCCCACCAAGCUUAGGUGUAGCACCAUAUGUCUCGGACACAUCUAAAGCAAAUCAUAGAAGGAGCAUUACUCUCAACUAGACGUCCAUGAAACUACUGUGACACAACAUUUGCAUUUGCUUAUGAUGCGUGAAGACACGAGAGAAGUUCCUGUGCAAACAAUCCCUCUCACAUGAAGAUCAAUUGUGAUGAUCUAUGGUUUGCUCGUAAGGAUAAUUUGAAAAACACUUGAAGACAUGCGAACAGAACAGCUUGUGAACGUUUCGUCUCCUCAGUUUAGGCUAUAUGUUCCCAUGUUCACAGGCUUCAGAAUUUAAGCAGAUCGGCAGCAACCCCACGCACCGUCAUCUGGUCAUCAAUCUAAAACUAACAUUGUGCUCGCCGCAUUACAAACAAAUUAUAGUGGCUUCUACUUGGCACAAUCUGAAUUUAUGGGAGUUUUGAAAGACUACUUUUAUCCCAGUACCUUCAGUGAGGCCCAAGACAUUUGUACUUUCCUUCGUGAUAUUGAGCAUAAUAUAGAUCAGCUUACGGAUGAGAGGGUCCUUUAAAAUAUAACCUGUGGUUUGAUUGUAUUUAUGGUAAAUCCGGAGUCGUACGAGGACCAAGUGAGCAAGCAUACUUUCAAAAAUCGGCUGCUACAAUUUACAAUUCUGACGAAGAAGCAGUCAGUUAAACAGAGUAUAGAACUCUGUAUGGAAGAAGAUGAGUGUCUGGGCAAAGGAUUUGGUUGGACUCUGACUGAGAGCUGCGAAUUAGUCAUUUCGACCCACUACAUAAGUACAAGUAAAUUGAUAUGUUUAUUUAUAGUAGAAUUUUUGUAAAUAAAUAUAUGGUAAUUAACUAUAA